AAAAAAUGACAUCAAUCCUCUUCACAACAGUCCUCUGCACAGCGAUUCAGCCGAUUUUGAGCCAAAUAUUAGGAAACGGAUUGAAUGGCGCUCUUCCAAUUGCAAACGGAGGUAACGGAGGUAGUCAGACGUGUUGUUGUUGCACCAUACAGCAGCAACCACAGCCAAUGGUGACAGCUGCUGCGCCAAUCGUACAACAACCAAUCGUAGCUCGACCAGUAGUGCUUAACACUUGUUGUCCAUGCCCACAAACUCAGCCUCAACCUCAACCCUUGCCAGCACCUGCACCUUCGGUGCCUGAAAUCAAAAACAUCUUCGUUCAUAUGCCCGUACAAACGACAACGAGACGUCCAACGAACAUUUACAUCCACUUGCCGAACAGAGGAGUUGGAGGGGUGGGACGAGGAGGACCAGGAAUGCCCAUGCCAUUGCCCAUUCCUUUCCCCAUUGGCGGCGGCGGCAUUGGCGGCCAGUACCAGUUCUUACAACCCGGAACGUAUUAUAGUGGUGCCAGCGCUACAACGGCUACUCCAAUUGGAGUCCCAGAUAUCGUCCGAGGACCUUGCGGAGAAACGAUCAUCCCAUUGUACAAUCCUCCUUCUUCGAAGUAGAGUGACUGAACACUAUAACAGCAGUGUUUAUCUCAACGGCUGGAACAAGCUCUUAGGAUUCUCAAUGAUUUUUAGAUAGAGAUUAUAUGCUGAAUAUUUAUUCUAUAG